UCAGCCGCACUGCUGGAGGCCCGGGGUGGGGGGGUGGCCUCCCAGCAUACUCAGCUGCCUCCGUCUUUGGGCUUUUGGGGCUGGGAAAACAACCUGUAUCAGGGCGGGUGUGGUGCGUGCUUUGCACUCAGCCCUCCUCUUAGGACUCCCUUGAGCUCCAUUCACAUGGGAGAGGGAGCAGGAAAGAGAGGAUGAGCGAGCCAGUCGAACCAACAGCCUGACUCCAGGGGAAUGAGGGCCUCGCCUCCUUUUGGGGAAGGACACUCCCUUCUGAUGGAGAAUGGGAACUCCCUCCCGCAGCGGCCUGCCUGCUAGCUCCGGCUAGCUCCGUGUGGACUGGUAGCCUGCUGAGGCCUCGCCCGCCACCCCCACCCCGGAAAGAAAGUGCCUCAGAGCCAAAGCAAAGAGAGCUGCAGCAACCGAGAAGUCCAGAGAGCCGGUGUGGGGCUGCUGGGGAAGCAGCGGCGGCACAGUGACCACGACACAGAGCGGACGACACCCGGCUGAUUCCCUUUCCCCUUGGACGAAGAGGCACCGUCCUCAGCCUGCAAGUUUUUCAGCCUUGAAAGCGCCGUAACCAGCAGCUGCUGAGCCAUGGCUGAAGGGGAAAUCACAACCUUCACCGCCCUGAUGGAGAAGUUUAAUCUGCCUCCGGGGAAUUACAAGAAGCCCAAACUCCUCUACUGUAGCAACGGGGGCCACUUCCUGAGGAUCCUUCCGGAUGGCACAGUGGACGGGACAAGAGACAGGAGCGACCAGCACAUGAAGAAGGGCCUGGCCCCCAAGGCUGGUGAGGGCCCUGCCUGCUCUCUGACAGGAGGAUCCACGUGA